CAUCUCGCCGGCGACCAGUACUGUAACGGUCUUACUACAGCGGCCAGUUGAUGAUGGCGCGGUGGCCAGCGGCAGCGUUGUUCGGCGCAGCGGUGGUGACGGCGGCGGCAAGCUGCGUCCUCGUCGCGGCGGUGCGGGACGACGACUUCUUCGUGGAGGGCUCGGUGUACUGCGACACCUGCCGGGCAGGGUUCGAGACGAACGCGACGACGCCGAUCGCCGGCGCCAAGGUGCGGCUGGAGUGCCGGCACUACAAGAGCGCGAGCGGCGCGGUGGAGCGGUCGGCGGAGGGGUCCACGAACGCGACGGGGCAGUACCGCAUCGAGCUGGUGGACAACCGCGGCGCCGAGGAGGUGUGCGUGGUGGCGCUGGUGAGCAGCCCCAUGCCCGGGUGCGGCGAGAAGGAGGUGGGCCGCGACCGCGCCCCCGUCGCGCUGCUCACCGACGCCGGGCUCGCCACCACCGUGCGCCGCGCCAACCCGCUGGGGUUCCUCAAGGAGCAGCCGCUCCCCAACUGCGGCGAGAUACUCGCGAGCUACGCGCUCCGAUCCGCGCCCAGCUACUGACGGGCGGCAUGUCUGUUCCUGGCAUGCGCGUAUCCUGCUGCUUCUUGAUCAGCAUGCGCCUGGCCUUGAUCUUGCUUGCAUUUCAUUCCGAUCCCGCAUGUUUAGAUUACGAAUAAACUCCAUCAGCUAGCACGAGCAAUGUAGGUUAUGUUAUAUUACUAUCUCCGAAUCAUAUACCAUUUCGGGAAAAAAUCUCUGAACAUAUAUAUAUUUCGUGUAAU